CGCGGUGCGUUAACAGCUUGACGUGAACCUUCCCCAAUCUCAACUAUUCCUGGAAAAAUAACGUAAAUCAAGAGAGAAAACAAAAUUGCGGUGUUAUCUCGUAGUGAAAACUUGGUUUCAUAGCUAGAGCUUUGCCCGCCGAAUCAGGGGGAUUGGGUAAUUUUUAAUGGUGACCGAUGAGAAGGACUUCGAACUUCUGGGUGAUGCUUCGAAGAUGACGGGGUACAGCAGACCACCCGAAAGCAGAUUGACGCCGGUAACGAGGAUUUUGGGGAUAUGCACGGCGGUCGUUGUCUGCGGUGUUGGAGUGGAUGUUGCCUAUCAUCAGCACGUGAUGGGAUUUUAUGUCACGUGAGAGAAUUUCACGUAAUCUAUUUCAGCCGAGUGCAAAUAAAAGUUUAUUACAGAAAUUUCGCGGCAUCGGUGGUGAUUUUUUUCAUGGAAAUCACGUGGGCGGUGUCGCUAUUCAUCCAAGUUUGCAUCAGAAAUGACGAUUCUCUCUGCUGGGGUUGCUGGUCCGGAGUUCUUGCCAUAACCGGGGGAUGGCGGAGAGCCAUUUUCUAUCUACCGCUAUCCUGCAUUUUGGCAUGGAAACCGCACAGGCUAUGGUUAUCAUUUGUUGCUGCUGCUUUGCUAGCUGUACUCUCGUUACUCCACAUACUAUCCAGCGCCUUAUCGCGGCGUGGAAGUCAGCUCAGCGGGGGUGCAGAUUGCGUGGGGGAGAGUCUGCUCAAUACGCGGCCAGAAAGCUACGAUCGGUUCGAAGAUGUCCUGAAGGUGACGGAGGUGCUGGACGACGGAGUCCCCGGUUCGACCAAUCGGAUGGUCGAGAGUGACGGGGAGAUGUGACAGGAGCGGCAGCCCUCCUGGGCCAGCGAAUCAGACGAGGACAGCGAACCCGAGCAGAGGACGUGUCAGAUAGCCACACUUUCAUAGUCCGGUACGAGAUCUCGACGACGAGGAGGCUCGAGCCUUUGAAGGAAGCGGAGCCGAGACGUCGAGUGGAGCACCUAGACGUGAUAAUUCGCCUCGAGGCAUGUAUGUUUGUACAUUAUUGUACGUUGAGAGGGGUGCGCGUAAGGGUGAGAGAAAGUCGAGCCGACACCGGCGCGGGAUGAAUUUCUAUGGAAAAAAAAAAAAAAAAAAUGGGCCAAAGGGUUUGUUUCUACGACUCGCGAGGGCGAGGAAAAUUUUUAGUCACACGUAGUGAGAACGACCUUUACGAAUACAGGUGGAAUGGAAGUGGUAAUUACUGCGCAGUAGUUUUGUCAGGUGCUGGUGUUGAUCCUUAAGGAGGUUAUAGGUUUGAAAAUCAAUACUCUUUUGGUAAUUUAUUACGAGACGGUUACACGUCGAGUCUUCGUCAAAUUAUUACAUUCUCAAUGCGGUCUGAUCCAAUCUAAUUACAUGUGGUCUAUUUUAUGGGUUGAAGUUGAAGUUGCAAGUUGAGAAUGAAAAUUAUACAAUGUACUGCAUAGUACAACACGAAUGUAAGCUUGGUUGCGAAAUAACGAAUGGUACGUUGUAUAGAGAUUGUCGGUGGAAGACCAUGGCACACUGAGAUGGUGACCGUAUCUGGAUCGAUAUGGAUCUUUAAGCUAUGCUAUGAGCAUUUGAAACUCUCUUAUGUUAAUUGCACGCCGCGUCGAAAAGUUACGGUACAGAGAGGGUGUGGGAGUCAUUAGCGGCUGGGACGUAAUACAAGAAAUGGAAAAAAAAAGACCUAAGUUCUAAACAAGAGCUUGGAUUACGAUUUUGCAUGCCAAACUGUUUAUAAGAAUAAGUUCUUAGAAUCGUUAAAUUUCACUCCACGAUAACUAAUUUUGUUUGACAAACUAUUUUUCACAAUUUCGUUGAACUAGAUUACUUCUAACUCGAUAGUCAAUUCGGUAAAGCUAUUUUUUGAUCGAAACCAAUAUCGGUGCAAUCUUAAAGAAUUGAAUAUUGAACAACAAUAAUAUCACGGAAAAAAUUAUCAUAGCGGGACUAGAGAAUAAUAUUGAGAGCAAGGCGAUUCAUCGCACAGAAUAAAAUUGAACGACCCUACUUAAAUUUUCACUGUUUUAUGGCGGUUUAAAAUGAAUAAUCGAUAUCAAAGCUCUUGUUCAGAAUUUUAGCCUAUAUUAUUUAUAUACUGAGGGAAGCACUGUAGUUUAUAAGUGUAAUAGUUUCAUGGAUGCUUGAACUGCGACUGUCUUCUACUAAAAUCAUCAGACAAGUAUUGAUAGUACAAACUCCUUAAACUCUACACUGGUGAAUUAUUCGCACCGGCUAAAAGUGUUGUUUCAAUGAGUUUGGCAAGAUAGUAUUUUUAUAGAUGCGUUUUUUUUUUAUUUUUCGUAAACUAAUCUCAUUUCUCAAUUUCGAAAUUACGGAUCAAAUUCUCCGAAUCUCUGUUUCAUUGACUAAUAUCCUGGAAAUAAAACUCUGUAAAUGUACCAAUUUUUUUCUUUUAUAUGGAAAUGUGAAGGAUAUUUCGAUUUUUCAAAACUUUUAGGCUAUAGAGGAAUUUUCAAGAUUUUCAGAAAAAUUCAAUUAGAGUCUUAAUUCAUCUUUUCAAACACCGAUAUAAAUAUUGGAUACAUGUAUUAGGUGUUAGAAUAGAAUUAAUUAUUUUUGUACGAUUUGCUGAAACUUUCUCGAAAGUCUCUAAAAUUCUUCUAUACACGAAUCAAUUGUUUUCAAGCGAUUUUUUUUUUAAUCAGAUGAUUCCCUGAAAAGUGGAUUAAUCGAGAAUUCGUCGGAUAAAAGAAUCAGAAAAAUCGUUGAAAACUAAACAUUACGCACCAAUCAUAGAAGUUUAUCUAGAAUCCAUACUUUUUCCUCUGUAAUGAAAAUAUACAGAUAGAGUUCGAUAAGAAUUUGCGACUAACGCUCUAAUUUAAGAAACAAACCUACUCUUCGAUCACUGUAACUUUAGGAGAAUAAUACAAAACAAAAGUUCACAAAGAGUUUUAAUAUUAAAGAAAGCACGAAGCCAAAUGCUGAAGGAAUAAUUAUUCUCAAGGUGCUAUUCGCCAAAGAUUAACUUAGAAGUUGGAAAUUGUUACGUGACAGAUUCCUACUCAAUCCAGUUACGGGGAUUUACGCUUUAUCAGCCCGCGACGUUUUGGAAAGCGUAAAAUAAUGCCUGAAUGAGGAAUCGGAUGUUUCAUUAUUUUACGACGUAAAACAGCUCGAUAAAACAGAUACUUUUUGGCUUCUCGUUGUCUGCAGGGUGAAUGGAUCCGUUCAACGAAACGGCAGGGUGAAUGAAACAUACACAAAAUGUGUCGAAUUUGUCGUGCAUAAUUUUGCAAAUAUGGGGAUGUAAGAGAAUGAAUUACACGUCAACUUUUAUACGUAUAACCUUGUGUAUUGAUAAUUAUACUUUGAAUACUGAUACUGUAAUAUAUUAUAUGUAUACAUAUUAUUAUAUAUACAUAUAUAUAUAUAUAUAUAUGUAUGUAUAUAUAUACAUAUAAAACAAAGUACACAUGAAACCGCUACACAAAUUCCCUUAUUACUAUUAUUAUUAUUAUUAUUAUUGUUGUUGUAAAGUACCAAGUUAUCAUAUUAUUGUACAUGUAUUACAGUUGAUAAUAAAAUUAUUCAAAAAUUA